GCGACACGGGCGAGAAUGGCACGCCUCGAGACGGAAUCGCGUUGACUGGGUGGUCGUUGGUGUUGAAGACAUACUGCCAGUCCGUAGACCCGGGGCUGUCGGAAAUGUGGAAGAAGCGUCAGUCGAUCGAUUCGGACGAGUUGGACAAUGAAGAGCUGGACAGCCAAGCUGAAGGUGCAUCAGCGGCAAUAUUCUACAUACUGGCGUUGCAGUGUAAGGAGAAGGCGCUUGGCAUCGUGCAGUCGGUGCCCGAGCGAGCCGUAUUCCAAGCGUGGCAUCGCCUGCGCCAGGAGUUCGAGCCGAAG